AUGCUUAGAGCAUCUAACGCCCGUCUUUGCAAGGCCAGGCUAUUCAAGAAUUCCGGUGUCGGUGUGAGAUCUCAAUUGAUUCAACGAAGGGGUUUUAUUUGGAGAUCAUCGUACGUUUAUUUCAGAAUCAAGCAAGAUUCAACAACUAGUAAUGGUUACAACACCAGGACAAAAAAUAAAAAUUAUAACAAAGACGGUCAGCGAAAUUCACAAUCCGAGCAUGAUGAGAAUCUCGAUGAUUAUGAGAUUGAUUUCAUUACAUUGACCAGGAAGCCUUGCAAGAGAUCUGGGGGUGAGAUUAACGCCACAAAGAAGAAUAAGAAUUCAAAAAAAGGACAUAAAUCUGCCGUGAAGAGGAGUGAUGAGGAAAAGAACGAAAAAAUUAAUAAGGUACUUGAAAAUUUGCAAAAGAAUAGGAAAUCAAGCAAAGAAUGUCUAAAUGAUACCGCCGCUAGCUCUUAUAUCAGUGUGGGAAAAUCUACUACAAAACAAACCCUGGAAAAUUUUAUGAGACCAUUCAUAGAAAGAAACUUAAGAAAUAAUGAAAAAUAUAACGCUGAUGCUGACAAAGUAGGGGGACUUUCAACAAAUGAAACUCCAAACAGCCCAGAGAAAUCCGAUUCCUUGUUCAAUGUUCGUAAAUUGAAGAGCAAUGUGGAUGAUAUUGAUGACGUGCUAGUUGUUUCAUUUAAAAAUUCCCCUAAAUCAAAGCAGAAUGCUAAGAUUACACCAGAAUCUUCUGGUGAUAUCAUGACUGAUUCAACCACGAAGGACAAAGAUAGCCGCAAAACAAAUAAAAGAUCUGAAUCCAAAGUCAAAAGAUCUGGAAGUAAACAUGUCCAAUUUGAUGAUGUUGCCAUGGAUAAAAAGGAUACUGCUGACCAGGUCAAUGAGCUUAAUAAAAAUCCUGGUAUUGGUGCUGUCGAAUCAAAUGUUGCGAAUUUUGACCGCCAUCACGAAUCUGCCGCUUGCUACCAUGUUGCCCACGAGAAGCACCAUGAUGAGGAUAUACAAGAAAAGAUCCGGAAGCCAGAUGCUAAAUUACUUGGGGAAGAUGGAGACCCAAAGCUAGCUGGUAAUCCUGUAGAUAUUGUCCAGGAGAAAACUGAUGACGGUAUUCAAAACAAGGCUAACAAAAAUGGUAAUACUGAUAGCAAGUUGCCUGAAGAUAAGACAGUGGAUAUCCAGAAUAUGAAAGAAGAGAUCAACAAUACAAAUGCUGAUCAUAAGAAAAGGCCAAUCAAAUUCGAUGAUAUUGAAUUGGAUAAAGUCAAUGUUGGCACAACACCAUCCAAUAAGCACCUAGGCACUGAGGCCCGUUAUACUGAUGAACUUGCAUAUGCCAAGUUAUUUGAAAACCUAUCUCCUUAUGAAGGACCUAAGGUGAACGAUAUGGAGGAGGUUAUGAAUAUGCUCACCAAACCUAAGCAUAUCGUGAUGAAUGCCACGCAUAAAGAUAACAAUGAUACACUGCAAGACAAGAAUGUGAUUCCAUCAGAUGAAAAUUAUCAAAAACUUGAAGCUAUAUUUUCCAGCCCUCAAAAUGUCGCACUAUUGGAAAAUAUUCUUUAUAAUAUUAAAGAAACCAAAAGGCGGGAACGGGAAGCAAGAUUUCGCGAGCUAAGUGCCUAUGAAUGGUCUCGUAACAAAGUGCUUCAUCCAGAUUCAAUUUUCACUAAUGGGCAGAUUUUUGGUGGUAGAUCAGGGAACAAUGGUAUAGAUGGAUACUUUGAUUCAUUCACCAAUUUUAAUGAUCGUGGUUUAACAAAAGCUGAAUUAUUUCCUAGUGCCAGAGAGUCAAUUAAUUCAACCAUAAAUGUUGAAUCUGAACCAACGCAGGAUACUUCAAGCAGUAAGUUUGGAAAGUUUUUAAAGAAGUUUGUCAUAUCAUCUUUUACUGCUAUUGGCGCUGGAUUUGUUGGAUUGGUGGUGUUGGAUGUUACCUAUCCAGAAUUGCUUAAUACAUCAAACGUAAAAAAUGGGAACUUGAAGAAGUAUGAGCUCACCGAAAGAGGUUUCGAAAAGGUGGAAAGUUGA